AUGGCCCUACUGAAUUUCUUCUUCUCUGAUGAAGAGUUAUACUCUGAAGAGGAAAGUAAGCGUGUUCGCCGCAAUAAAAGAAGCAAGAGCAGUGAAGGAGCAGAUGGUCCGGUUAAAAACAAGAAAAAGGGAAAGAAGGCAGGGCCUCCUGGGCCCAAUGGCCCCCCAGGACCUCCAGGACCCCCAGGACCACAGGGACCCCCAGGGAUUCCAGGGAUUCCUGGAAUUCCAGGAACAACUGUCAUGGGACCACCCGGUCCUCCAGGUCCUCCUGGUCCUCAAGGACCCCCUGGCCUCCAGGGACCUUCUGGUGGUGCUGAUAAAGCUGGAACUCGAGAAAAUCAGCCAGCUGUGGUGCAUCUACAGGGCCAAGGAUCAGCAAUUCAAGUCAAGAAUGAUCUUUCAGGUGGAGUGCUCAAUGACUGGUCUCGCAUCACUAUGAACCCCAAGGUGUUUAAGCUACAUCCCCGCAGCGGGGAGCUGGAGGUACUGGUGGACGGCACCUACUUCAUCUAUAGUCAGGUAGAAGUAUACUACAUCAACUUCACUGACUUUGCCAGCUAUGAGGUGGUAGUGGACGAGAAGCCCUUCCUGCAGUGCACUCGCAGCAUUGAGACGGGCAAGACCAACUACAACACAUGCUAUACCGCGGGCGUCUGCCUCCUCAAGGCCCGGCAGAAGAUCGCCGUGAAGAUGGUACAUGCUGACAUCUCCAUCAAUAUGAGCAAACACACCACCUUCUUUGGGGCCAUCAGGCUGGGUGAAGCCCCUGCAUCCUAGAUUCCCCCCAUUUUGCCCCUGCCCAAGCCCCUGCCCCAGACUUGGGAGCUGGGACUCCCAGAACCUCUAAGUGCUGCUGUGGAGUGAGGUAUAUUGGUGUUGCAGCCACAGAGAGAAAUGCCCCAGUGAUAUUUAUUCCCUAGUGAUUCUAGGAUGACAAGGCCUGUUUGACUUUCCAGAAUGACCUUGAGUUAAUAGAACAGUUGAUGGAGCUCCAGGGUUUACAUG